CAGACACUUGAGGAGCUGGAAUGCCACGGGCCGGUGAUGUCCGAGCAAACCCGAGCAGAACUGGAGCAGAAAAUAGAUGAAGCCAGAGAGAGUAUUCGCAAGGCUGAGAUAAUUAAGCUGAAAGCGGAAGCCCGUCUUGACCUGCUGAAGCAGAUCGGUGUGUCCGUGGACACGUGGCUCAAAAGUGCCAUGAACCAAGUGAUGGAAGAACUGGAAAAUGAACGUUGGGCCAGCCUGCCUUCGGUGACCAACAACGGCUCUUCACACCUGAUCAACGCCGAUGCAGAAAAGGAAGAAGGUGAAGAGUUUGAAGACAGCAUGGAUGUGUUUGAUGACAGUAGCUCUAGUCCUUCUGGUACUCUAAGGAAUUACCCUCUCACCUGCAAAGUUGUUUAUUCGUAUAAGGCUUCUCAGCCAGAUGAGCUGACCAUAGAGGAACACGAGGUGUUGGAGGUUAUUGAAGAUGGAGAUAUGGAAGACUGGGUGAAGGCACGGAAUAAAGUGGGUCAAGUGGGUUACGUGCCGGAGAAGUACCUGCAGUUCCCGACCUCCAGCAGCCUCCUGAGUAUGCUCCAGUCCCUGGCGGCGCUGGAUACUCGUUCCCACACCUCAAAUAACUCCACCGAGGCUGAUUUAGUCUCAGGCAGCCUGAAUGGAGACUCCAGUGUCUGUUUUGUAAAAGCACUUUACGAUUACGAGGGCCAGACAGACGACGAGCUGUCCUUCCCGGAGGGAGCCAUCAUCCGCAUCUUGAACAAGGAAAAUCAAGAUGAUGAUGGUUUUUGGGAAGGAGAAUUCAACGGCCGCGUUGGGGUCUUCCCAUCAGUAUUAGUGGAAGAGCUGACGGCCUCGCAGAACGGGGAGACUCAGUGGAUUGGAGAUAUUCAGGUGUCCCCCACUCCGAAGCCUAAUAACGCCCUUCCGCCGCUGCCGCUCUAUGACCAGCCUCCCACCAGUCCCUACCACAGUCCAGAUAAAAGAGGUUCUCAGUACUUCCCCAGGUCGCCCUCAACUAAUGAAAACAGCUUCAGUUCCGAGUCCCCGGGAUUCUCACAACCUCCACGGAUUCCUCCCGAAACUUCCUACGGAAAACUGCGACCUGUGCGAGCGGCUCCACCACCCCCAACGCAGCAUCAUCGCCGGCCAACGGAGAAGAUCGAGGACGUGGAAAUCACUCUGGUGUAACCAUGGGACUAGCUCAGUAGUAGUGCUACAAUCAAGACCAAACGCGGUAUUUGGUCAAUCUCGUUUUUAGGCACCUUUGCAUGAUGAAGACUUUUAAAUAGAGCAAGAGAUGGGGGAGGGUUUUCUGUGGCAGCGACGCGGCGGAUUCCUUCCCCGGUGGGUCAUGAAUAUUUUGUGCCUUUUAAUUUUUUUUUUUGGCUGUCGUUUUUUUGAUUUAUAGACAUCAUUCUUCCUCUCUUAGCACAAAAACCAAGACGGGCCAGACAGCGAGCGGAGAUUUGCCUCGGAGCAGGUUUCUCUCUUGGCUGCAAAUGGUCAAUUUUUUUACAGAGGCCGAGGAAAAGAAAAGAAAACACAAAAAAAAAAGCCUCAUUCAUGCGAUUUAAGUCAGAGCAUAUUUCCAUCCCGUGCGUUAGUACAGUAUAUUACUGUUGCCAUAGGAAUGUGUUAAAAGAUUGUCAAUUCUUCAAGUAGCGUUAACUUGUCUGAUUAGGUAUUAAUCAGAGCUCGUGGAGUGAAAAAAAAAAAAAGGGAACUGAAGCAAGAAGUGUAAGGAGAGGCUGGAUCCUCUUUAAUCCCCUUCGCAGAAAGGAAGAAGCAGGAAAAAAAAAAAAAAAAGAAAAAAAAGAAAAAUAAUAGUCUUAGAGAUAAGGAAAACUGAUGCGGAUCAUACGGCGUUGAUGACGUUAAUGCACACACCUCUUGGAUAAUUAACAGUUAAAGAGAACUAAAUGUUCUUUGUAUUAAUAUUUAUGCAGUACAUUUAGUAAUAGAGUAUCUAAUAUGGAGGUGCUGAAUUAGUAGCAACAUCCUGUCCCAUAGCAUAAACCAACUGGUAGAAAAAUAAGUGAGAUUUUUUUUGUCUAGAUCUGGAAAUUGAGCUGCUUUUUUUUUUUUUUUUUUUUUUUUUUUUUUUUUUUUUUAGCAGAUUUUGGGGGUUUUUUGGUUGGUUUUUUUUUUUGAUUUCUAAAGUAUUUGGGUCACUCUUAUUCCAGUUAUUGCCGUGUACUUUAUUACCCGAGGUUAGCAGUAUAUCUUCAUCAUCAUCAAACACAUCAGGCUAGAGUUAGAGGUGACAUUUAGAGUAUUUACCCUCGUUAUUUAGUUGUCGCAUCGGAUGCUCGGGGCCACCUUCGUGGCCGGGACCGUGGCCUCAAAGUACUCUUAGAAAGAGGAAAAAAAAAAAAAGUCAAAACUUCCAUUUUUCAAUCGGAGAUUCCUCGGAAAAGGAAGCUUUCUGGUUUUUUGUUGUUGGCGUUUGCAAGAAAAGGGUGGAGGGAAUGGGGAGCUGUCACAGGGGAACGGUCAGAGGAGAAGGAAAAACUGGAUGAAAAGAGGUUUUUUUUGAGGUGCGCUUACGAAAUUAUUAUUUUCAACCAUCUCCCAGCAGAUCAAAGCUUCGGUUCAAAAGCAUCACGAGGUUGGGUUUUUUUUUUUUUUUUGAGCUGUUCCAUGGGUUCUGUGAAACGCUCUCUUCUGCCUUCAUGGGUUUUUUCGAAGUGAGUUUUCUACUUUUAAUUUACUAACAAGGGCUAUUUUUUGAGGCUGCAUUUUUACACACACGCGCGCGCAAAAAACAAAAAAAAUCAAUCAUCUACCAAGAUUUUAUCACAAAUUUUGCACAUCCUGGUAAAUCCCACCCCAGGCUGGGUCUCCCAGAUGUCCGUGUUUCCCCAUCUCCUUUUCCAGGGAGGGGGGAUCUGGCACCGGGAGCCGUUGGAAGCAAAUAAUUCCUGGAUCAUUUCCGAAACCGCUGACUCUCCCGAGUGAAGCCUUUUCCAUAUUUUUCAUUCUUUUGCACCUCUCUCGUCCUGUUGAUCUGUUCGAGGUCUUUUUUUAUGUGUUUAUCGAACUUAUUCUUAAGUUUAAAAACUAAAAAAAAUUUUAAAAAGAUAAGUUUUUAGGAAAAAAAAAAAAAGAUUUAACUGUUUUCGCAAAAAUUUCGAAAGCUUCCCAAUGCAGGAGAAAAGCAAGAGUUGCCAUAACGUUCACGUUCCAUUUCUUUGGCCAGUUUUUCUUGUGUCCUUCAUAACCUGGACUUUCAAAAAUUCCGAAAAGUGUUAUUUAAAGUCUCUUUUAGUUGUAUUUUAAAAUAUUUUCUGUAAGAGCUGCUAAUUUUAUUUAAAAAGGAAAAAAAAAAAAAAAGGCAAAAAAAAAAAAACACAAAA